AUGGCUGCAGCGGAGCCGGUGACCUUCGAGGAGGUGGCUGUGUAUUUCACUGAGGAAGAAUGGGCCCUGCUGGACCUGGGUCAGAGAGCCCUGUACAGGAAUGUUAUGCAGGAGAAUUAUGAGACCGUGACCUCGCUGGGUGAUGGGAUGGUGAGUGAGAAUGAGGAGGAAAAUCCUCAGCAGGAAGGUCCUGAGCGAGUGGAACCACAGGUAUCAGGAAGAGCUGAAGGGCAUGUUUCCCAGAGUCCUGAGCAGGGAGAAGCCUGUGAAAUUCAGCGCAGACCAAAAAGGAAGCAGGGAAACCACUCAGAGGAGAGAUUGGGUAAAUCCACUCACAAGAGCAGAGGCAUCAAGAAAAUCAAAGAAACUGUUCAACAGAGAAUCCCCACUGGAGAGAGUCCCUACUCGUGCGGUGACUGUGGGAAAAGCUUCAGUCAGAGCUUAACCCUUAUUCACCAUCAGCGAAUCCACAUGGGAGAGAAACCCUACAAAUGUAAUGAGUGCGGGAAAAGCUUCAGUGUGAGCUCAAAGUUUCUAUUACAUCAGAGAACUCACACAGGAGAAAGACCCUAUGACUGCCCCGUGUGUGGGAAAAGUUUCAGUGUGAGCUCCAACCUUAUUCAACAUCAGAGAAUCCACACGGGAGAGAAACCCUAUAAGUGUCCUGACUGCGGGAAAAGCUUCAAUCAGAGUUCAAACCUUCUGUCACAUCAGAGAAUCCACACGGGAGAGAAACCUUUUGAAUGUCUCGAGUGCAGGAAAAGCUUCAGUCGUAGAUCAACCCUUCUAUCACAUCAGAGAAUCCACACAGAAGAGAAACCCUAUACCUGUGCUGAGUGUGGGAAAAGCUUUGGUCACAGUGCACAUCUUACUAGUCACCAGAGGACCCACACAGGAGAGAAACCCUACAAAUGCAGUGAAUGUGGGAAAAGCUUUAGUCAAAGCUCAAACCUUUAUACACAUCAGAGAAUUCACAUGGGAGAGAGACCCUACAAAUGCAAUGAGUGCAGGAAAAGCUUCAGUCAAAGUUCCAACCUUAUUCAGCAUCAGAGAAUCCACACAGGAGAGAGACCCUAUAACUGCUCCGACUGUGGGAAAAGCUUCAGUCGGAAAUCAACCCUUAUUAAGCAUCAGAGAACCCACGUGGCGGAGAGAGACCCUAUAAAUUAA